CCUAAGAGAGGAAGAAUAGAAACAGAACGAGAGGGGGAGAGAGGAGAGGGAUUUUUCUGUCGGAGCUCCUUCUUCGUGGCGGAGUUUUUUCCGGCUAGGAAUCCGAUCGACUUCCGCUGCUCCGCCCUUCCCCUACGGGAAAAGCAGGAGGGUGGGAGAGAGUUGGGUUCCGAUGGCGAACGCCACGGGAUGUCCGAAUGAGAUGCCGACGACGAGCAACGGGAUAUUCCAGGACAGCAAUCCUCUGAACUACGCCCUCCCUCUCCUCAUCGUCCAGAUCUGCCUCGUCGUCGUCGUCACCCGCGCCCUCGCCUUCCUCCUCAGGCCACUCCGCCAGCCUCGCGUCAUUGCAGAGAUUAUCGGAGGGAUCUUGCUGGGGCCGUCGGCGCUAGGCCGGAGCACGGCGUACCUCCACGCUGUGUUUCCUCAGCGCAGCCUGACGGUGCUGGAGACCCUCGCCGACGUGGGGCUGCUGUAUUUCCUUUUCUUGGUGGGGCUGGAGCUCGACCCCAAGGCCCUCCGGCGCACCGGCAAGAAGGCUCUCAUCAUCGCCGUCGCCGGCAUCGGCCUCCCGCUCCUCCUCGGCAUCGGCACCUCCUACGUCCUCCGGGCCACCAUCUGCAAGGGCGUCAAUGGGCCGCCUUUCCUCGUCUUCAUGGCCGUCGCACUCUCCAUCACCGCCUUCCCCGUCCUGGCCCGCAUCCUCGCCGAGCUCAAGCUCCUCACCACGGACGUCGGCCGGAUCGCCAUGUCAGCCGCGGCCGUCAACGACGUCGCCGCGUGGAUCCUGCUUGCGCUCGCCAUCGCCCUCUCCAGCUCGGGCAAGUCGCCGCUCAUCUCCCUGUGGGUGCUGCUCAUCGGUGUGGGGUUCAUCGCCUUCAUGGUGACGGCGGUCCGGCCGGUGCUGGUGUGGAUGGGGAACCGGUGCCCCGAGGGGGAGCCCGUGAAGGAGGUGUACAUCUGUGCGACGCUGACGCUGGUGCUGGCGGCCGGGUUCAUCACUGACAUGAUCGGAAUCCACGCGCUGUUCGGGGCGUUCAUCGUGGGGCUGAUCGUGCCCAAGGAAGGGCCGUUCGCCGGCGUUCUGGUCGAGAAGAUAGAGGACCUCGUCUCCGGCCUCUUCCUGCCGCUCUACUUCGUGGCCAGCGGGCUCAAGACCAACGUCGCCACCAUCAGCGGUGGGCUGUCGUGGGCGCUUCUGGCGCUCGUCAUCUUCACCGCCUGCUUCGGAAAGAUCUUUGGCACCUUCGCCGUGGCUCUGGCCUGCAAGGUGCCCUUCCGGGAGUCACUGGCGCUCGGCCUCCUCAUGAACACAAAGGGACUCGUCGAGCUUAUCGUCCUCAACAUCGGCAAGGAUAGGAAGGUGUUGAACGAGCAGACUUUCGCGAUCAUGGUGUUGAUGGCACUGUUCACCACCUUCAUCACGACGCCGCUGGUGACGGCGUUCUACAAGCCGGCACGGAAGGCGACGCCGUACAAGCACCGGACCAUCCAGCGGCGGAGUCCGGACAGCCAGCUCCGCAUCCUGGUCUGCCUCCACUCCACCCGCAACGUCCCCACCAUCAUCAACCUGAUCGAGGCCUCCCGAGGCACCCGCAGCCGCCGCCCAGUCUGCGUCUACGCCAUGCACCUCAUGGAGCUCUCCGAGCGGUCCUCCGCCAUCCUCAUGUGCCACAAGGCCCGCAACAACGGCCUCCCCUUCUGGAACAAGGUCCGCCCCGAGUCUGACCAGAUCAUCGUCGCUUUCGAGGCCUACCAGCAGCUCAGCAGCGUCUCCGUCCGCCCCAUGACCGCCAUCUCCGACCUCACCGACAUGCACGAAGACAUCUGCACCAGCGCCGAGCAGAAGCGCGCUGCCAUCAUCAUCCUCCCCUACCACAAGCACCCCCGCCUCCUCGACGGCUCCCUCGAGCCUUACGCUGCCGGAUUCCACACCGUCAACGUCCGCGUCCUCGAGAAUGCCCCCUGCUCCGUCGGCAUCCUCGUCGACCGCGGCCUCGGCGGCGGCUACCAUGUCUCCGCCAGCGACGUCUCCCACUCCAUCACCGUCCUAUUCUUCGGCGGACCCGACGACCGCGAGGCCCUGUCCUAUGCAGCCCGGAUGGCCGAGCACCCGGGGAUCAAGCUCACCGUGGUCCGGUUCCUCGUGGCGGAGGCCCCCGAUGCCCGCCGCGGCGGCACCGUCAGGAUCGUCCUCGACGGCGAGGAGCUCACGUCGGAUGAGGAGUUCCUGGUGGACUUCAAGGCCAGCCUCCUCUCCUCCGACUCCAUCGACUACCUGGAGAAGGAGGUGAAGGGUAAAGCGGAGAUAGUGGCGGCCAUCAAGGAGCACAUCCGGUGCAACCUGAUACUAGUGGGGAGGUCCGCCCGGUGCGACCCGCUGACGGAGAGAACCGACUCGCCGGAGCUGGGCCCGGUAGGUUCGCUGCUGGUGUCGCCGGAGUUCCCCAUGAGCGCGUCCGUGUUGGUGGUGCAGCAGUACAACCGGAUGGCCAACCUCAUGUCGCCGUCCACGGACGACCCGUCGGAGACGCCCAAGCACCCCGGCUACGAUUCCGAGUCGUGACGGAGCACGGCGAACCGGGCCUCCUCCUCCUUUUAACAUUAUACGCUUUUGUUUUCAUCCUAAAAAAAGUUAUACGUGUGGCAUAUAGGUAUCUAAUGCAUGACGUCAAUACACUCGAGGUCAGCCAUGUCUCGAGAUAAUAAAUCCCGAGACAGGGUGUUCCAUAGGAAGGUGUCUGUCCGAGUAAUUGAAGAGAGGAGAGUUAUGGAACUCAUCUUCUCCAUGAAUGGUGGCUCCAUCGCCGACCCUAGUGCUCCUUUUCUUUCUUGUUCUAUGUUCCAAGAAAUAGAUAGGAGAUUAGGAGGCCUGAUGUAGGACAUGGUAUGCAAGAAUAAGCAGGACAAAAGGAAGAAAGUGAAAAGGGUAGGGCUGGGCCGUAGCAUAUUUUGCUUUCAGCGCAUGGUUAUAUACAAUAGGAACUUCUUCUGUUAUGGAGACGUUAGAAAGUGAAGGGUUGUACGUUGGACGGACGAUGGAAGGGAAGGACAUUGGUGGUGUGAAUAAAAGUUUCUUUAUAGCGGAGAGCUUGAAGCUGAAACCAGUUCUCUACUUUGCUUUGUGUACAGUGUAAACUAGUGAAAUCCGGAUAACUUCGUUAAUAAAGGUGUCCUUCCCCCUGGUUUUCCC